GACCUCUUCCAACCCAGUCCUCCAUGGCAUUGCCAUGAGCCAGAGUAUGUCGACCGAGAGGUUCCCGUGAAACGUAUGCCGGAACUGCCCGACGUCAGCAUCAUCAAUGAGUAUGUGGCGGCGUACUAUGAGUCCCCUAUACGCUUGUCAUUUCCAGUCAUCGAUCACAGUCUUUUCUCCAAUACUUUACAUCUUGGCUUGCAGAAUUCCUCCAACCUUUCUUCAGGACGCGCGAGUUCUAGAGCAUGUUUAUGUGCUUUCCUAUCAUUAUCUGCCUUCUGGGGUCUCCAUGAGAAGAACCCGGUGCCAAUCGACAGCCUAGCACUAGUGUCGAAAGCGGAAAAGUAUAUACCGCAGAUUCUGCAGGAAGAAACCUUGGACGGGCUUCAAGCUAUUCUGAUGUUGAUGAUUUUUCAUUGCUCAUCCGGAAACUUUCGGAAAGGGCUGUAUCUGGAUUCGCUCACUGCCCGAUUAAUCUUCAGGUUUGGUGCGCAUGUAAUGAGUCCUCCAACGCCUGGUGGAGCUACAUCACUCGACAAUGGCUGUUUGCCCCAAAUGGGCAGUCAUCUUCGGAAUCUAUUCUGGAUUGCUUAUUCCCUCGACAAAGAGUUGUCCAUUCGCACAGGUCAACCCGCUGCUAUCCAGGAUGAAGUCUGUGACCUCACAGUCCCGCAAGGGUACGGAGAUCAGCUCUCCAUACUGCUAUCAUCUGGCGAACAUGGGCUCGCGGGAUCUAAAGACUACCUGUAUCCGGUUGAUCUUCGAUUAAUUAAGAUCAAGUCUCGUGCCUACAGUGCAUUUUACGGUCCAGGGUGUCUGUGCAUGUCUGAUAUAGACCUUUUCAAGACCAUCCGUGGACUCGACAAUGACCUAGAAGAAUGGAGAUUAUCGAUACCGUCAAACUACCGACCCAAGCUUUCAACUUCUCAGAAAAUAACAACUGGCAACCACUUUUUUGGCAUGCAUGCUGUGCUACUACAGAUGGACUAUUAUAAUUGCGUUGCCAUCAUUCAUCAAGCUUGUGGCCGAUGUGUGGCAUGGGCAAGUAACCAGAGCAGUAUCGUGAGUGUCGGUUCAUCCUUUACCCUUGCGGUGGAAUCUAGUAGAUCGUCUCUUCUGUCGUUGAAAAAUCAUUUUUCGGUAUUGCCCCGCGGAACUUUCUGGCCCAUUGUUUUUUAUCCUUUGUCAGCUUGUUUGACGAUCUUCUGUAACAUCGUUCUUGAUCCAACGAGCCUCCACGCCGCUCAGGAUCUGGAACUACUCGAUUAUACUUCUACUUUAAUCACAGGGCUAUCUACUGCCCAAUUUCAGCUUCCCAAGUCUGUUCAUAUUUGUCGUCUCGAGAGUCUUGUCACAGAAUUGAGUGAACUAGCCAAAGUUGCGGUUACAGAAACACAAAAAGAUCAACCACUGUCCUAG